AUGUUAUCAGCUAGAGCUUUUUAUGUUCUAUUGAGCAUCCCCAUCAAACUUCUUUGGGUACUCUUGAGAUACCCCUUUGUGGGAGGCAUAAAUGAAAAGUUUAGAAACAGUUUGAGAAACUCAUUAAAACUACAACUAUAUAGAACAGCAUUAUCUAUGCCAGUCAAGGAUGCCCACAUCCUUGGCAUCUUGUCAAACUACUUCCUCAUCAACAAACUCAUCAAGACACUAUACCCCAACUUGACCAGAAACUUGAACAACUACGGCAAGAGAUACGACAAACAGAGUUUCUGGUUGGUUGAAGCUACAAACAGAAGCAAAAAUGACCCUAUUCUCAUAUUCUUACACGGUGGUGGCUACUACAUUGAAACAAUGCCCGAACAGUUGGAGUCACUACUCUCCAUCUACCAUUUGGUAGACUCGGAAAAAAGACUGAAAUUAUCAAUGGUAUUCUUGGACUACAAGUUGGCGAGCCGCGGAGCACCAGUAACAACACAAUUAUACCAAUUGGCAGAAGUUUACGAAAAGCUAACCAUCAGAGACGGAAACACAAACAUAAGCCUUAUCGGCGAUUCUGCCGGCGGACACUUGGCAAUAACGUUUUUACAGUAUCUCAAACAACAGCAAAAUGAAAAACUCCCUUGGCCAAAAUCAAACAUCUUGAUAUCGCCAUGGGUAAAACUUCACCCAGAACCACACCAAGGUACCAAAGGAUGGUCGUAUUUCGAAAACUCCAAACGCGACAUUAUCCAAUAUCGCUAUUUCCACGAAAUAGAUAGACAAAAGGCAAUCAUUGGCGACGUCACUCACCUGCGCUACUAUGAAGAGUCGGGACACCAAAAGAUCAAAAAAGAGGACCUUGACCAUUUGGACAUGUUGAUCUCACCAGGCAACCUCACCUAUAAAUACAGCGACUGGGAAGACAUACCAAGUCUAAAUGAUAAGGGCCAUUCUGUGUUUGUCGUGUUGGGCGAACACGAAGUGUUUAGAGAUGAUAUCUUGGAAUGGUGCCAAUAUGCAUUGAAGUCGCCAUUGAUCAAACAAAAAAUCGACUCCAAAGGCGUGUUGGAUGCCAAGUUGCACAAUUACGAAGAUAAUGGAGGAAAUUUGAAUGGCGCACAUGUGCAAGUAUUUGUUGAGCCCUGGGGUGUUCAUGACGCAACAUUGUUCUUUGAGAACAACAUUGCUUCCAAAUUGAAGAGGAACCCAAGAUUAUCCUUAAAGGACUUGGACAGAAAGGAGUUUUUUGGUGUAGUACGGAUUGUCGAGUUUAUAAACAAAUAUGUAUAA